AUGAAUGAUGUGGGGUUAGGGGGUGUUAUUAGAGAUGCUGAGGGUGAUGUAGUUGCCUCAACUUUCUUGCCCUUUCAUGGUAACUUUGAUGUUGACAUUGCAGAGGCACUUACUAUGAGACACGCCUUAAGCAUUGCUAUCGACUCGGGUUUCAGGAAUGUUUGUAUGGAAACGGAUAGCCUCAAGCUUCAUAACCAUUUGAUCAAGCGCUGCUCACCUGCUACUGCAUUUGGGUCAAUCAUAAAUGAUAUACUUCAGCUUUCUAGUAGUUGUCUUUCUUGCUAUUUUUCUUUUGUUAAAAGGAACUGCAACCGAGUUGCUCAUGCUCUAGCUAAACUUUGUUCUUCCUUCGACUCAUUUAGAGUGUGGGUGAAAGAGGUUCCUUCGAGUAUUGCUGAGGUUGUAAUGGCUGAUUUAAGCCCUUUGAUUGAUUAA